AUGUAAAUCUCUAAUCGUUCAAUAGAAGAUUACAAAAAUCAUAACUACACUAACAAAUUACUAUUAAAAGCUUCAAAUAUUCAUAUGAAAUAGAAUGAAACAAUUUCACCAAUAAGAAAAAAAAGUAUGAUGGAUUCCAAUAUACCAUCGAUUUAUAACGAAACAGAUAGAAUGACUGAUAGAAUUAGAUUAUAAAUGAAAGAGAAGAAUAAAUCUUGUUGUAAUAUGCCUGAUGAAGAUAUUUCAGAUUCACCUUUUUAGAAAUACUCUUAAUUUGUUAUUAUGAACCAGAAUGUUAAAUAACUUAUGAUUGGUAUUGAAAAGAAGUUAAAGAACUUUAAGUUUGCAAAAGAGAAUGAUCACAAUUCAUGUGCAUCAAUCAUUGCUAAAAUGAAAUGUUUUUGUUUAGACAACUGUUGUUUCGAUUUUUAUCGUUGUACAGAUCUUAUACUCUUAAAAUAUCUGAUUUAUUUACUAAUUUAAGAAUUAAACUCUAAUAAGAUAAGUGAUAGUACAAGUUAUUUAUCUGAUUAACCACCUCCUUAAAUAAAGAAUUUAAUUAAAGAUGCAAUUGCAAUAAUGCAUGAGACUGUUGAAGAGUUAAAAAAUAAAUAAUUGAUUGAUAAAAAUAAUAAUAAAUCUAUUGAUUAAUUGAAUAAAUAGAUUAAAAAGAUGUAGUAAGUAAUGGGAGGAUCAAAUUAAAGUUAUGAUGUAUUUACAACUCCUUAAUCUAAUAUAAAAAAGAUAGAUCUAUUUUUAAAACAAUAGAGUGCUACAUAGAAGAGAGAAAUUAAUUAAACUUCACCUUCUUUAAAUUCUGAAAAGAUUAUUUAAUUUUAGAUUGAUGAAUUAUCAAUGAAAAAUGAUUAGAUUUAAAAACUUAAUGGGAAAAUCAAGGAUUAGGAAUAAUAAAUAAAGAUACUUACAUAAUAAAUAGCUGAAAUUAAUUUGAGUUUACAAAUCUCAUAAAAAUCACUUUAAAAUAAAGAAUCAGAGGUAUCCAUUUUAUAUGAAAUAUAUUUUCAUAGAUGAAAGAUCUAAUAAAGAAAACAGACAAAUUAUUGGAAACUACCAGUCAAGCUAUUAAAGAUAAGGAGGCAUAUCAAAAUACAUAUAAAUCAAUUAAAUAGGAUCAUGAUCAAUUAAAAAAUUUAUUUGAUGAUUUGUAUGAAAUAAAUUUAUAUAUAUUAUUUUAGGUAAAAAAGUAACUAAAGUAUAAUACAAGAAUAUCAUGUUUUAAGAUAAUCAUAAAAUGAUUCUUAAGAUUCAGAUAUGUAAAAAUAUAAAUAAGAUGAUGAAAGAUUUAAAUAAGAUCGUGAAUUAUUGGAUAAAAAUAAUAUAAUUGUAUAAAAAUAUUCAUAUUUAUAUUAUAGAAAUAAUUAAAAGAAGAUGGAUUAUUAUUAGGUUCAUAAUUGAAAGAUAUUUCUAAUAAAAUUAUGUAAAUUUCACCAGAUUUGUUACCAAAAUCAUUGUAAUAAUUAUAAAGAGAUUUAUAUUUACAAGAAAGUAAAAUAAAUUAAAAAUUAAAUAAUAUUUAAUAUGUUUAGAUAGAAUAAAAUAAUAAAUAAAAUAAUACAUAAAAAGUUUAAUAGAAAUAAAUGAUGAAUUCAAAUUAAUAUUAAAAUUAGAAUUAAUAAUUUGAGCAUCAGCUAAAAUCUAUAAAAAAUCAUUCAGAUAUUAUGACAAUGAUUUUAAUUUAAUGUGAAGUGAUUGAAAAAUUUAUUAAUUGA